UCAUCCCUCACAGCCAACACAGCCGGCGUGGUCGGGGUGGCGAUGGUGGGACGGUUCCUCAUCACCAUAGCCAUGAACUCGGGCCAACAGUACCCGGUGGAGGUGCUGCCUACGGUGGCCCGGGGCUCAGGAGUCUCCACCAUACACACCCUAGGCUUCCUCACAUUCUUCGCGUCACCUUAUGUUGUCUACCUGGCCAAGUAUGGAUAUUACCUGCCCUACGUUAUCCUGGGUAUCGUGAGUGUGGCCGGAGGACUUGUGUGUAUUGUGCUCCCUGAGACGCUGGACCAAAUCCUUCCCGACACCUUAGAGGAUGGGGAGACCUUCUUAACUAACCAGAGUCUCUGUUACAACCCCUGUGCCAGAAAACGGUCUGAAUCCAAGGAGAUUUUAUCCAAGUAACUCUCCAAACAAUCAUCGAAGUGUGGAUAAAAGUUAAAAUUACACAUGUUUAAAAGCAAUCAGCGGAACAAGCAAACCUUGGCAAACAGGAUAUAGAUGAUUAAAUUUUAAUAAUGUGUUCAAUAUUUUGAGGCAUGUGUUACAUGUUUCCUCCAGGUGUGUGUUACACUGUUCUCCAGGUGUGUGUUCAUGUGUCCUCCAGGUGUGUGUUACAUGUGUCCUCCAGGUGUGUGUUACACUGUCCUCCAGGUGUGUGUUACACUGUCCUCCAGGUGUGUGUUCAUGUGUCCUCCAGGUGUGUGUUACACUGUCCUCCAGGUGUGUGUUUAUGUGUCCUCCAGGUGUGUGUUACAUGUGUCUUCCAGGUGUGUGUUACAUGUGUCCUCCAGGUGUGUUACACUGUCCUCCAGGUGUGUGUUACAUGUGUCCUCCAGGUGUGUGUUACAUGUGUCCUCCAGGUGCGUGUUACACUUUCCUCCAGGUGUGUGUUACAUGUGUCCUCCAGGUGUGUUACACUGUCCUCCAGGUGUGUGUUACAUGUGUCCUCCAGGUGUGUGUUACAUGUGUCCUCCAGGUGUGUGUUACACUGUCCUCCAGGUGUGUUUUACAUGUGUCCUCCAGGUGAGUGUAACACUGUCCUCCAGGUGUGUGUAACACUGUCCUCCAGGUGCGUGUAACACUGUCCUCCAGGUGUGUGUAACACUGUCCUCCAGGUGUGUGUUCAUGUGUCCUCCAGGUGUGUGUUACGCUGUCCUCCAGGUCUGUUGUAUCUUCAGUGUUCAGAAGAAUAAUGUCCCAACUGUUUGUAACCCUGGAGAUCAAAAGGAGUAGAUGCCCCCACUGUUGGUAACCGUGGAGAUCAACAGGAGUAGAUAUAUCCACUAUUGGUAUCCCUGGAGAUCAACAGGAGUAGAUGUAUCCACUCUUGGUAACCCUUCAGAUCAACAGAAGUAGAUAUCCCUACUGUUUGUAACCCUGGAAAUCAACAGGAGUAGAUGUAUCCACUAUUGGUUACCCUUCAGAUCAACAGAAGUAGAUAUCCUUACUGUUGGUAACCCUGGAGAUCAACAGGAGUAGAUGUACCCAGUGUUGGUUAACCUUCAGAGCAACAGGAGUAGAUGUUCCCACUGUUGGUAACCCUUGAGAUCAACAGGAAUAGACCGGAAUACACGCUGUUGUCUGGCUCAGAGUGACAUCCCGUUCGGCCCUGGGGACGAGGAACCAAGCAAGCAUAUAUAACGAUAAAUAAAUUAAAUAUCUCCAGUAAUUUGCAUUUCUUUCAGCAUUUUUGUAAUGUUUACCUUAAAACCCGUUUAUCACAACUAUCGAGAUUUUAAUAUUUUCUGGUUUGUACAUUUAUUUUUUUUGCUCAUUUUUUUUUAAAGAAGAUUAAUAAUAGUAAAUCGUACAGAUUGCU